AUGGUUGUCUUGGGAGAGCAGGCUCCGAUGGGAGCAAGACUGCCCAAGACGCCCAACUGCCUGCUAAAACUGACCAUGGUGCUGCUGAGCCACAGGCUUGGGGCUCUGUUUCUCCUCAUCAUUUCAUUUGUGUUCUUUGUCUCUGUCACGUUGUAUUGGAGAACUGGGGAUGAUGCUGAAGACCAGCUCUACAGCUUGCCUACACAAAGCAGGUGUGACCAGUUUUUACCUUACCUUCCUGGCACCAUUGCACGUGGGCCCCCUCCUCCGCCAGGGGACGUGUUUUUUGUGGAGACCUCGGAGCGAACUAACCCAAGUUACCUGUUCAUGUGCUCUGUGGAGUCAGCAGCCAGGACACACCCUGGGACAGGGGUCGUGGUGCUCAUGAAAGGUUUGACAAACAGAAACGCCUCAUUCCCCAGCCACUGGGGCUUCUCAUUGCUGAGCUGCCUCCCCAAUGUGGAAAUCUGGCCCCUGGACUUGUCAGAGCUUUUCUCAGGGACACCCCUGGCAAAGUGGUACUUGCAGUCUGAGCACCAGAAGGAGCCUUAUUUCUUACCCGUCCUGUCUGAUGCCUGCAGAAUUACUAUCAUGUGGAAAUUUGGUGGCAUCUACCUGGACACAGACUUCAUUGUGCUCAGGAACUUGAAGAACCUCACCAAUGCCCUCGGUAUGCAGUCUCAGGAUGUACUGAACGGGGCCUUUCUGUCCUUCAAACCCAAGCACGAGUUCAUGGAGCUUUGCAUGAAGGACUUUGUGGAUAACUACAACGGCUGGAUCUGGGCAUACCAGGGCCCAGGACUCUUAACACGUGUCUUCAAGAGGUGGUGCUCCAUCAGUAAUAUCCAGAACAGCAUGAGCUGCAAAGGUGUGAGUGCUCUUUCCCCAGAAGCCUUUUAUCCUAUCCGCUGGGAGGACUGGAAGAAGUUAUUUGAAGUAAUCGACUCCUCGGAGCUCCACAAGCUCCUUAAGAACACCUACGCGGUGCACGUAUGGAACAAACUGAGCCACGGGACGAGGCUAGAGAUCACGUCCCAGGCUUUGCUGGCUCAGCUGUAUUCUCAGUUCUGCCCUGCCACAUAUGCAAAGAUGAAGAAGGACUCUGGAGAGCAGUCAAGGCCUGCAGUGUGA